AUGAUCUAAUAACAUAAAUACAAAGUAAUUGUUAAACCUUAAGAUGUAACACUCGAAUUAGAGAUGGUUGUAAGUACAACAAUAAGGGAACUUUACCAAGUUCUCUAAUAUUAGGCUAAGUAAUGAUAAAUUAAAUAUGAAAGUAUUUAAGGAGUAAUUGACUAAUGGACUUGCCUUUCCCUUUAAAGAAAAAAGUAUCUAAAUAUUGAUGAAGAGGUUGGAGAUGUUAAGAAUGAAACUUUUGAAAUUAAUACUUAACCUUAGCAAUCAUAGUCACCUCAAGCAAUAACAACUAUUAAUAUAAAAAUUGCAAUCAAAGAUGGAGUUAUAGAAAGAAUGUUGGAUAUUGUCUUAAAAACCAGUGAUACUUUAGAAGAUGUAGCUAAUGCUGUUUCAUAGUAUUGUGUAGUCGAAAAAAAUGGGUAAAACUUUGAUUAUUAAUCUAGGAAGACAACAGCUGUUGAUUUAUUUAUAUUUGGAUAACCCUUUAACGAUAAAAUUAAAAGAGGAAAGUCGAUAUCAGAUUUAUAACUUAAAGACAACUUAACUAUAGAAGCAAAAAUUAGAUGGAUAGGAGGUUGA